CUCCCGCUGCGAUCCUCAUCUGGACCAUAUACCAAGAACCCAGUAGUAUUCAUUGAUUUCAUUCCCCAAUAUUCCAUAUCCCAUUUUACGAAUAUUCCUAUAAAUUUUGUUCAUUUACAUUUUUAUUCAAUACGGAUUACUGUGUAAAUAAAAAAAUAAAAAAAGUUCGACCUUAAAAAAAAAAUUGAAAAAUAUCGCCAUUUAUCUCUCUGUCAAUAAAUAAAUAUCACACAGUUCUUAGCCAAAGCUAACCUUAAAAAAAAAUGGCUCCUGUAUUUGUUCACUUCAUCUUCUUCUUCAUCUUCAAGCUAUUCUCAUCUGGUGUGUUAGCAGCUGCCAGCUGCGACCAAUGCAACUCAAGGGUUACUUAUUUUGCCAACUCUUCUGGUCUUUCAGCUGGAGCUUGUGGGUAUGGUCCUUAUGCUGUUAGCUUCUAUGGUGAGCAUGUUGCUGCUGCUGUUCCUAAGCUUUUUGGGAAUGGCUUUGGCUGUGGUGCUUGCUAUCAGAUAAGGUGCAAGCAGAGCAAGAUCUGCAGCCAAACGGGGACGAAGGUCGUUUUGACCGAUCUGCAUACCGAUAAGAGCAAUACUGCCACUGACUUUGUCCUGAGUAGCAGAGCUUAUAGGGGCAUGGCCUUACCUGGAAAGGACAAAAUACUAUUAGGCCUUGGCAUUGUGGAUGUGGAAUACCAAAGGGUCCCCUGUGUGUACAACAACAAGAACUUGACCCUCCUAGUUGAAGGACACAGCAAACCUCCCUACUACUUGGCAAUCAAAAUUCUGUAUCAAGGCGGCCAAGCUGAUAUCCCAGCUGUCGAAGUGGCUCGGGUUGGUGAGCCAGUUACUUGGGUACCGAUGACCCAUAACUACGGGGCUGUUUGGGACACGAGCAAAGUUCCAAAGGGUGCACUGCAGUUCAGAUUCAACAUCACUUCAGGCAAAGAUGCUCAAUACUUUUAUACCAAACAAGUCCUUCCGGCUAACUGGAACCCCGGCAGUCUCUACUACUCUACUGUCCAAGUCACCAACGUCGCUAAUGGCGGUUGCACCCGUUGCAGCCCCUAUUAAGACAACCCCGAGCCGACUCUUAUUCCUCACUGCAAGAAAUGCCUAGUUAUGUUUUCUUUCAACCGCAGUUUCCCUGUGUCUGUUUCAAGUGCCUGUUGUUUUGUUAGAGUUAAGGAUGUUUUGGCCAAAGUUAAGGAUGUUUUCAAUUGGGGUUGAGAAAUUGUGAGGCUUUACUGUGUUAAGAGCCGUGGACCAUUGAUAUGUUUUGCCUCGUACCUUUAACGUUUCAUUAUGAGUUUCUU